UCGCGCCCUCGUUCAAACGACAGCAUGUACAAAUCGUACCUUCCUGGGACAAAACAAGCUCGUGCACACGCAUUGGGACAAAGCAGUCGGUCGUUCGGUGGGUUCGACAACUUCGUUUCUGUUUCUCCUCCGCAACUCCCUCCAUGGAGUCGUGUCAAAUCGUUAACCCAAUAAUUGAUAAGGGCGGGGGGGGACAACUAACUACGCUUCCAUUUGACGGGAGUUUUGUGGAACGAAAGCGAUCCCCCGACACCAACCUUGUACUAAAUCAAUAAGACGCGUUCUUCGCAUUGAGCUCUCGUGAAUUGUUCCACACGUCGCCUAGGGCGCCGUUUCUCAACAACGUCUGGUAUUUCUCAACCACUGCAUUUAGUGCAUUGCAGAAGAAGCAACAGUCCGCUUGUCUGCACUGCCUGGCCCCCCUUCGUAGAUACAGACGAACGAGCCUCAGGAGCGGCGGGUGAUGCGACAGGAUCAACAACGGAAUAGGGACAAUCAUAAUUGGGGCUCAUGCGUGGAUGUUGUAUUUUUUGUAGUCUUUGAGGGGAGCAAAAAAAGCUCCGCAUCCUUGUCCCACAGCUUUUGCAACAAAAUUGGGGAGGCCAGUCGUUCAACAGCAGUAGUGCAGCGGUAAGACAUCGCGCGUCAUCAAAGCGCUCUGCACAUGGUUCGUCGAUGAACCUCUGCGGGCGGACGCAACAACGACGAAACGGCAACGCAGAGCGAAAAACUCUUGCACACAGGUGGACCCUCACAAACGCGGGGUAAUAGUCCGAGAUGUGUGCAUGCAUGGUUGCAUGGUCAUCAGGUUCUCCGUGAAUCCAUGCCCCCGUCCGUUCUGAGCGCCCCGUUUUCUCUCUCCCCCCGUGCUGGUGCAAAGGGUUUGCUCAAGAGGGCAGAGUGUGAUGCAGACCCAGAAGAUAGUCUACAGCAGCGAGAGCGGCGUAAGCGCUUCGCGCGCGGGCCGCAGUAGAUCGCACACACACAUGAAGAAUAUCCCGAAACUUGUAUCCAUGUGGCGGUGCCUCUUUUCUCAGAACGUUCUUCAUGGUCUGUUUGGUGGGGGCGGGGUGUUCUACUCGGUGGCGGACUGCGCGCUUCCCACACGAACGUUGCUUUCCGAUGACGGACCAGCCCGUGGCUAAAGGGCUUGCCUCUGUGUCCUUGUGUCGGUCAAUUGGGAUGCGUUGAGACCCAGGAUGUACGCAUGAUACCACACCUCCUGAAUGAAGCUCGAUUGCAUAGUCUACCAAUCUACUCACGCAACAUCGAAAGGAGACAACAUCAGAUGAUACCACCUUUUCUGCAAGGUCUCGACGAGGCGGUGUUGUUCCACAAAAUUCGGCCCAUCACUGACUGUUGUUCCGCUGCAGAGUAAAUCGAGCUUCAUUUAGAAACAAAUCCGUCGAAGGGGUGCGGGGAACGUGUGGCAUGAAAAAUUUCAGACCCUGUACAACUAUGACUAAACAACUAAACAAGAGUUGUGUACGGGUUCAGCGGAAUCAGCUUAUUGCACAAUAUUCUGACCGAGUACUUGUUUGUCAAAACAAAUAUAAGGAUCGGAGUUGUACCGGGUGUGAAAAAUUUAUGAGAAUGGUACAGAGCAAAUUACCCUUUGGAAUGAUUGUAGAAGUACAGGCUCCAGCUCCAAGCGACAUCCAUUUUUACACCUGCAGCAGUAUUUCUACAUUAGUAGCAUUCUCAGAGAUAAUCAAUCCUCUUGCAUCAUAGGAAAUAGACCUCACGCACUUCAUCUAGGCCUGUCCUCCAUCGGCCGU